AAGGGUAUUGUUAGCUGAAAGGGGUAUGUACUAAACCACUUUUACAUUAACAUUCACGGUCACGGUCUUGUACACUACGAUUCACGUAACAUGACCAAAAAAAGGUGUUACAACAUUAUCAAUAGCAGCUCGUUAUACUAAAACAGCGAACAUUCACACCAUAUUGCCAUGUUCAUGUACCUACCUGCUGUUGGCUGAAAAAACAAGCUGUGUACAGUGGGAUUACCACCACCGAAUAUUAGCAAUUUAUUUGUUAAUUGCUAAUGUGUCGGUGGUGGUAUGGUAGCAGGUACCUACAUAAGAAACUGAUCAAGUUACGUGUAUCAAACUCUAUACUAAUGCAUGGCACGCAGGUCAGACAGAGCAUUACUUUACCUACUAGCUCUAGCCAAACUAGUAGUAAUGGAUAAUUCUGUAAAUUGCCUCCAUACAAUGGGGCCCUAUAAUGAAAUAACACACGCGAAACUGUCACAAUAGCCACUGCCGGUCUUUGAAUAAAAGUACUGGUAGCACUACAUAAUGUACAUAAGUAGAUACCUAAUGUAAUUGUACGUAUUAUAAGUAUUUGGAUUCAGCAGUUACGGUGCAGGUUCCAUUAUCAAGGUCUGAGUUUUCUGCACAAUUGUUCCUCAUUUGCAUAAUAUCUCUAUCAGGAAACGGUGGUCGACAUUUUACAGUUAUUUCAUUAAAAGUUACUGAAAAUGUUCAAUAAAUUGUACAGGAUUACAUUCUCAAAGUAUCGUUCUGGUUCAUUUUCACCAACUCCUGUAACUACAGCCAUAAAUAACGGAGAAAAUAAUGACUUACUGCUGAAAUUAAUUGGUUCUUUUGGAAAAUAUCAAUUCUGGGUUUUUAUUCUUCUAACCGUUGUAAAAUUAUGUAGCGCUUUCCACUUAUUCGCUAUAAUUUUCAUAGCUCCGAAAGUGACCUUCAUUUGUUUGCCCAAUAAUUCAACUACUUGCCCGUGUGAAAAUCCGCAGUAUAUUGACUCCGUAUUCACAAAUACUAUAGUGAAACAGUGGGACUUGAUCUGUGAAAGGAAAUGGAUGAUUGGAUUCACACAAUUUAUGUUUCAAUUUGGAAACCUGGUUGGCAGUCUACUUUUUGGAGCAGUCUCUGAUAGAUUCGGAAGACGGCUGCCGUUGAUUGUGGCGUGCAUAAUCCAAGUGAUGACAUCAUACGCUUCAGUCUACAUAACAAACUUCUGGUGGUUCACUGCCAUGCGGUUCCUCCUUGGCAUGACUGUAGCCGGAGGCCUUGUCCUGAGCUUCGUCAUUCUCAUGGAGCUCACCGGCUCUGAGUAUAGAGAAGUCACUUCUACCCUCACACAUUCCUUCUUCCUUGUCGGGGAGAUGCUUCUGCCUAUGAUCGGAUACUUCGUAAGAGACUACCAAAACUUUCUACUGAUAUUGAGCAUCAUAACUUCGUCGCUGGUGAUUUAUAUCUUCUUAUUACCCGAGUCACCUCGAUGGCUAUUUGCUGUCAAUAAACCGGAAGAAUGUGUGAAGCUAGUGAAGAGGAUUGCCAAAGUUAACAAGCUACCAUCACAUAACAUCAAAAGCCAAAUAGAGGAAUAUCACAAGCAACAUACGGAAACAGGAAAGAAAGGGAGCCUGAUGGAUCUAUUCCGGACACCCAACAUUAGGAAGAAUGCUAUCGUGAUGUCUCUGAUGUGGACGUCGUGUAGCUACUGCUUCUACGGCCUCGCUCAGUUCACUGGUUCAUUGAGCGGCGACAUAUUCAUCAAUGUAGCGAUCAAUGCUUCUGUCACGUACAUUGGAGGGUUCUUAUCAAUACCAAUGCUCAAGUGGUUCCGCAGACGGCCGACCUAUAUGGUGUUGAAUUUUACAUGCAGUUUGUGCCUAUUUGUGUUGGCUACUUGUAGAGGCACCACGUUUGCUGUGGUCUUGGCCACUUUGGGCACUGUCUGUAGCUAUAAUGCUUUUGUGCUGGUAUACAUGCAGACCAAUGAGAUAUUUCCAACUGUUGUGAGAAGUGCAGCACUAGGAUUUGGAUCAAUGAUGGCCAGGGUGGGGUCAAUGCUUGCACCCUUCAUUGUUCUUUUGGAAGAUUUUAACCCAUGGUUGUCUCCAGUUCUUUUUGCUAUUCCACCUCUUGUAACGGGAAUCAUGUGUCUUAUGUUGCCGGAGACUAAAGGAAUUGAGUUGCUUACAACGUUAGAACAGGGUGAAAAUUUGGGUAAAAUGGACGAUAAAACUUAGUCAUCCAAAA